GUGUUUGAUGGAGAUCUCGUGAUCUGUGUCAGUGUCCGCAUCUCUCACUCGCUCGGACGGGUUUUAUUCUUCUCUCGGAUUUAAGGUUUUUUUCACCCUUUUUGCUGAUCUAAAGGCGGAUCAAUCCGACCGGAAUCAAAUCAGGAUAUCGUUGUGUUUCUGAACCAUGGCAGGCAGCGUCUCCAUCAUCACGAGGGCCGACGCUCCGACAGACGAACCAGCCUAACAUCAGGAUCAGCAGAAGGAGCUCGCCUGAGGAUCUGUGUGCGUUUGCUCUCGCUGUGGAUUAACACAUUUGUGAGGAUUACGCCUUUGCUUCCUGCUGCUCUCGCCAUGUUCCGUCUGAGAAUGAUCCUUCAGGUCGUCUCUGUGGUUUGGGGGUCGUCGCUCGUCGUUUGUCAGCAAGCACAGUUCACCACCGUCAGCACAAACUACGGGAAGCUGCGUGGAUUGCGUGUGGCGCUGCCCAGUGAGAUCCUGGGCCCCGUGGAGCAUUAUCUGGGGGUCCCGUAUGCGAUGGCCCCGACUGGAGAGCGGCGGUUUCAGGCUCCGGAGCCGCCGGCGUCGUGGCCCGGCAUCAGGAACGCCACACAGUUCGCUCCGGUGUGUCCGCAGUAUCUGGAGGACCGGCUGCUGCUCACUGACAUGUUACCGGUGUGGUUUACCGCAAACCUGGACACGGUCGCGACCUACGUACACGAGCAGAGCGAAGACUGUCUGUACCUCAACAUCUACGUGCCCACGGAGGAAGAUGCUCAUGACGACACAGGCUUGAAGCCGGUCAUGGUUUAUAUUCACGGCGGCUCGUACGUGGAGGGAACGGGGAACAUGAUCGACGGCAGCAUCCUGGCCAGCUACGGAAACGUGAUCGUGGUCACCGUCAACUACCGGUUAGGAGUGUUGGGUUUCCUCAGCACUGGCGAUCAAGCAGCCAAAGGGAACUACGGUCUGCUGGAUCAGAUCCAGGCUCUGCGCUGGGUGAAGGAGAACAUUCAGGCUUUCGGCGGCGAUCCAGAGCGAGUGACCAUCUUCGGCUCCGGAGCAGGAGCCUCCUGCGUCAGUCUGCUGACCCUCUCACACUACUCUGAAGAUCUGUUUCAGAAAGCGAUCAUUCAGAGCGGGACGGCUCUCUCCAGCUGGGCUGUCAACUACCAGCCAGCCAAAUACACACGCAUGCUGGCCGAGAAGGUGGGCUGCAAUGAAGACGACACGGUCGAGCUGAUCGAGUGCCUCCAAAACAAAAACUACAAAGAGCUGAUCGAGCAGAACAUCACCCCUGCUAAAUACCACAUCGCCUUCGGACCUGUGAUUGACGGAGACGUCAUUCCGGACGACCCCCAGAUCCUCAUGGAGCAGGGAGAGUUCCUGAACUACGAUAUAAUGCUUGGAGUCAACCAGGGCGAAGGGUACAAGUUUGUAGAUGGGAUCUUAGACAGCGAGGACAGAAUAACGAGCAACGACUUCGAGUUCGCCAUAUCAGAAUUCGUCGACCACUUGUACGGCUACCCGGAAGGAAAGGACACCCUGCGGGAAACCAUCAAGUUCAUGUACACAGACUGGGCGGACAGGGAAAACCCGGAGAUGCGGCGGAAAACUCUGGUCGCACUUUUCACAGAUCACCAGUGGGUGGCGCCGGCCGUGGCUACAGCAGAUUUGCACGCGCAGUACGGAUCGCCCACGUACUUUUACGCCUUUUAUCACCACUGCCAGAGCGAUAUGAAGCCAGCCUGGGCCGAUUCGGCACAUGGAGACGAGCUUCCGUACGUUUUCGGCAUUCCCAUGAUUGGCCCAACAGAUCUCUUCAACUGCAACUUCUCCAAGAAUGACAUAAUGUUGAGUGCCGUGGUCAUGACGUACUGGACGAACUUUGCUAAAACUGGAGACCCGAAUCAGCCGGUUCCUCAAGACACAAAGUUCAUACACACUAAACCGAACCGCUUUGAGGAGGUGGCCUGGUCUAAGUACAACCCUAAGGACCAGCUGUAUCUGCACAUCGGCCUGAAACCUCGCGUCCGUGACCACUACAGAGCCACAAAGAUCGCCUUCUGGCUGGAGUUAGUGCCACACCUACACAACAUCAACGAACUCUUCCAGUACGUUUCAUCAACGACCAAAAUUCCACCACAGGACACAACGCCGUUCUCCUACACCAAACGCCUGUCCAACAAACUCUGGCCUUCGACCACCCGCCAUCCACCUGCUCCUCCGGCCAACACAAAACAGAUGUCGGAUCAGCAGAAGACAUCCGAGCACGGCGACGGGACGGUUAUCAUAGAAGCGCGAGAUUAUUCAACUGAACUGAGUGUGACGAUCGCCGUCGGUGCGUCUCUGCUCUUCUUAAACAUCCUGGCAUUUGCCGCGCUCUACUACAAGAAAGACAAACACCGGCUGGAGUCGAGUCGCAGGCACAGUCCACCAAGAAAUCUCGCUAACGACAUUCCCCGCGUGCCGAGCGAAGAGCUGUCCCUGCGGAUGAAGCAGCUUGACCAUGAUCACGACUGCGAUUCGCUGCAAGGCCAUGACAUGAUUCAGCUGACCUGUCCUCCGGAUUACGCGCUCACGUUGCGCCGCUCGCCCAACGACGUGCCACUGAUGACGGCGAACGCCAUCACUAUGAUUCCCAGCUCUUUUGCUGGCUUGCAACCGUCGUAUCACAACCCGUUCAACACAUUCGGGAACAGCACUCCGAGCAGCACGGGCCUCCCGCACGGACACUCUACGACACGAGUAUAACUCGUCGUAAGUUGACAGACUAUUUAGAUGCGCACCCGGGUGCUUGAACACAAAUACUGAGGGUGUUAUUUUGUUACGGACUCUUUUAUGAAAUCAGUAACGUUACACUUAUUAACCUGUAUAAUGUGAUCAGUGAAUGUAAUCAUAUUUCUCAUUCAUGGUACAGCGACUUAAGCUUUCAAAAAAAAAAAUAUGAUUAUGUACAGUAAAUGAAGAAAUAUUAAUUGCAUCCUGAUUUCCUGGUUAACAUGUGAGAUGAUUUAUCACUAAACACAUUGGAGCACAAAUACCUGCAGAUACAUGGUAAACGAAGAUUGGGGGUGAGGGGUUACAUUUUUGCUGUUACUUGAUAUUCAUAAUUAUGUCAGAUGUAGAAAGCCUGGUCAUACAGUUUGAAAUGAAUUUAAUAGCUUGAAGUUUAAAGAUUUUAUCAUUGAACU